AUUCGGAAGAAAUUAAAAGAAUACACAAACCUAAACCAAACAGCUUACGUAGCUAACAAGGCAUGACGGAAGAAUUUGACACCGCGAGAUUUUGUACCGGAGCAUGGUGGAGCUCCUCCAACAGCAUCUUCCCCGGCUGUUCUCUACCUCGUUCCGCGGAGAUUGUCGUCCAUAGCGGCAGAUAUGAAUGGCAAAACAUUGAUACCCUCGAUGCCAAAACCUACAACGAGAACUAUCUUGAUACUUCCACAUUCUUAGGCAAUGCAAUUACCGAUUCCACCUCACAAACCUACGUUUCGAGUCAAUAUAAUUUCCAUGAAGAAGAAAGAUUCGGUACGAUAAAUAGUUUUCUAGAAGGAUUGUUUGAUUCUAAUGAACAAUUAUUGGUUCCUAACAGUCCGAAACCAGAACUAUUCGAAAGCUUUCAUUUCUUUGAUGACGAUUUCUUGGACGAAUCAAGAACGGUAUCAGUUUUCGAUCACGAGAUCAAAGACAAACCAAAGGACGACAACAUGCAAUCCUGCAAGAGUCUGGUUACUUGCAAGAGAGCAAGUGAGAAAACUGAAGAACACGAAGAUAUUGAGUUAUCACAGCCAUUAAAAAGACCAAGACUUGAGACACCAUCUCAUUUUCCGAGCUUCAAAGUUCGUAAAGAGAAACUUGGAGAUCGAAUCACCGCGCUUCAGCAGUUAGCUUCACCCUUUGGCAAGACAGACACUGCUUCUGUCCUCCAAGAUGCUAUAGAGUACAUCAAGUUUCUACAAGAACAAAUUAUUGAAAAGGUCUCGAGUGAUCCACACCUGAACUCUAGAGGAUCUGGUGAACAGAAGCAGUGGUCAGGCAAAUCAAGCAAUAGUCCUCAUGAUCAAGGUUGUAGUUCAAGACAAGAUCUUCGAAGCCGCGGUCUUUGUCUGAUGCCAAUCUCAAGUACUUUCUCCACCCCUCCGCAGCAUUUGGACACAUCUAGUUUCUGGAAUUAGACUGUUAUAACGAAACAAAAAUAUAACAUUACACAUGAACACAUAG